CGAGCCAUCAUCCUCACCAGGGUGUAGCGGACCAGAGAGGGAACCGCCCCUGUUGUCCACCUCCUGAGACCUUCGGCGCUUCAUCUCGCAUCUUGGCAGACGAUGGCUGAACCACCAGUGGAAGACGAGGGUGAGGAAGCAGCUGAAACUCAACCCAAGCAGGAGUCCACCCAUCAGGCCACGGUGGCUGCAAAGAACUUAGCCAUUUUGAAGGCCCGGUCAUUUGACGUCACUUUCGAAGUGGGAGAUGAGUAUGAAGUCAUUGAAACAAUUGGCACUGGAGCUUAUGGUGUGGUGAGCUCAGCACGGCGCAAAGACACAGGCCAGCAGGUGGCGAUAAAGAAGAUCCCGAAUGCCUUUGACGUUGUGAUGAAUGCCAAGCGUACCCUCCGGGAACUUAAAAUCUUGAAACAUUUCAAGCACGAUAACAUCAUUGCCAUCAAGGAUAUCCUGAAACCUUCCGUGCCUUAUGCUGAAUUCAAGUCUGUCUAUGUGGUGCUAGACUUAAUGGAGAGUGACCUUCACCAGAUUAUCCAUUCGUCACAGCCUCUCACUUUGGAGCACGUGCGCUACUUUCUCUACCAGCUUCUCCGAGGCCUUAAGUACAUCCACUCGGCCAAUGUGAUCCACCGAGACCUCAAGCCCAGCAACCUGCUGAUCAAUGAGAACUGUGAGCUGAAGAUUGGUGACUUUGGGAUGGCCCGAGGCCUCUGCACCAAGCCAGUUGAAUACAAGUACUUCAUGACAGAGUAUGUGGCCACUCGCUGGUACAGAGCCCCAGAGCUGAUGUUGUCUCUGCACGAAUAUACACAGGCUAUAGACAUGUGGUCAGUAGGGUGCAUUUUUGCAGAGAUGCUUGGACGGAAGCAGCUUUUUCCUGGGAAAAACUAUAUCCACCAACUGCAGCUGAUUAUCACCGUCCUGGGCACUCCUCCCGCCAAAGUGGUCCACUCCAUUGGUGCCGACCGUGUGCGUGCUUACAUCCAGAGCUUGCCAUCACGCCAGCCAGUGCCGUGGGACAAUCUCUACCAGAAUGCCGACCGGAAGGCCUUGUCUUUGCUCUCCAAGAUGCUCCGCUUCGACCCACGUGAACGCAUCUCUGUGGUGGAGGCCUUGAACCACCCGUUUCUGUCUAAGUAUCACGAUCCGGACGAUGAGCCGGAUUGCGUCCCGGCUUUUGAUUUUGACUUUGACAAACAAGUGCUUACCAAGGAACAAAUCAAGGAGACUAUCAUGGCGGAAAUCAAGGACUUCCACGAACGCCGGGAAGGCAUCCGGCGGCAGAUCAGCUUCAAGCCCUCUCUUAGGCCAGCCGUUGUGGACGGCGGGGUGGAUGAGGCCGCUAACCAGGCACUGCUACUGCGCUGCAACGAUAUUGACAUGCCCAGUGCUGGUUCUCCACGCGCCGAUGAUGAUUAUGCGAUGGCCUCUCCCAUGCCUUACCCAACAGAGACCAUUGACUUCACCUCUCCUCUGGUUGCUGCCUCUGUCACGCCGCCAGAAGUCAAGGCUGAGGUGGAGGCCCCCGUGGCCCCACCGAAGCGGGAAGGCGCCAUCUCGGAUGACACCAAGGCUGCUCUCAAAGCCCUCAUCUUGCAAUCUGCAUUCCGGAAUAAAAACAAAGAUAUACCUUCCUCUGUCUCAGAAACUCUUGAUAUCCGGCGACCGGUAACGGCAAAGGAACGCCAGCGUGAGAGGGAGGAGAAACGGAAGCGGCGCCAGGAACGGGCGAAGGAGCGAGAGAAGCAGAAGAAGGAGAAGGAACGGGAGCACAAGGACAUGCUGACCGAGAACGACCGGAACCUUCUGGAAAGGUGGACCAAGAUGGUGGAUCGCACCCAGAACAAGCCAAUCCAAAAUGGGUCCACAGCCCCACCUCAGAAAAACACGGCCAGUCAUGUCCUUCCCUCAGUUCCUGCCACCAAGCCUUUGCCCCCAUCGGCCUGUGUCACUCCCGCCCCUUCUCGUAACACACCGGCACCUUCCGAAUUCCUUGCUUUCUCCGACAAAGCAGCGCCAAGCCUUGCCCCCAAGCUCACCCUUGUCCCGGUGGGGACCGAGCUAGCCUCGGUCCAGGCUUCCAACACCAACGUUAUUCGUUUUUUCCCAGCGCAGACUGCCCCCUUCAUGGUGGCUGCCCCGGCUUGCCCCAAAGCCAUUCCUGCCAAGUCCGAGUGCCUCUUGAACGUCAAGUAUGCCCCAAGCCAGAUCUUCCAAGGCCCAUAUGAAAUGACGGCCCUCAACGCUUGGCGUAGCGUCUCUCCGCCUGAGAACUGGGCUGUGUCUGGACAACUGCCUGUUGGCCAGCCUGAGGUGGCACCUGCUGGGCCUCUGCCAGAACCGGUUGUCAAUUUUGUGGCAAGAGCUGAGGUGGAUCAGUCCCUGUUCCAGUCUGAGAUAGGCAAGGCUGAACUUCUGCCCCAGGGACUGACCACAGAAGAAACUAGAGGGUCAGUUCAGUCCCAGGUAGCGUCAGGAUUACCUUCAGAAUCUCCUGAUAUCAACGUGGUAACCCAACAGCUGUCAAAAUCUCAGGUGGAAGAUCUUUUGCCUCCUGUUUUCUCUGGAACGCCCAAAGGCAGUGGUGCUGGUUACGGGGUUGGAUUUGACCUGGAAGAAUUCCUGAAUCAGUCUUUUGACAUGGUGGGGGAGAACAGAGAGAGUCAAGGUGACUCCGCCCCACUCUCGGCUUCACUUCUCGCUGAUUGGUUGGAAGUCCAUCGCAUGAACCCUGCUGACAUGGAGUCUCUCCAACAAGAACUGCAGUUGGGUUCUCCCAUGAUCCUCUCUGACAUUCCGGAUCUGCAAGAUGCAUGAGAAGCUGAUAUCCUGUUGGCCAACGUCUUCCUCUUCUCCCCCUCUCCCUCUCCCUCUCUCUC